AUUAAAUGGUAAGACUUUUUAAGAGUUAGAAAGCAGAGUAAAAUUAAAGGUAAACUUAAAAGACUAUUUAAAAUUUUAAUGUAUUUUUGUGUUUUCUACGACAAUAUUGGCAAAAAGUUAGCGGUGGGUGUAAGCUUUCCAAAAGAAAAGAUAACAGAAUUGAGACGAGACGCAGGUUGUAGAGAAACGCCGGCUUUGAACUCUUUUCAACCUUUUUCACUCAGACGGACCAAACAAAAAUUUUUUUUUUCUCUCAACUCCACUCAUCACAGGGAUUCAAGCCAAAAAAAAAAAAAAAAAAAAAAAAACCAUUUCUCAGAACUUUCAACAUAAGAAACUGGUGAGGAUACAAGCCGAAACGCCUUGACGAGUUGAGCUAUACACUCUCAUAAUAUUUCAAAAUCCAAAUCUGACGCUGAAAACCAUUUGAAUCAUUGAGACUGAAAUGGAUAGCUAUCGCCAGGAAAAAAUUCAGAAAUUUGAGGAAUUCGUCGACCGCCGAUUGAAACCUGACCUCAUUCGUGCUAUAGCUGAACGGGACAAGGUUUUUGAACAGCAAAAAACUUUCUCAGAUUUACGAAGGAACAUAGAGAACUUGGAGAAGAAUAGUGUUACCAGUCUUAGAACACUGGUUAAUCUUGGCUCUGAAGUGUACAUGCAAGCUGAUGUCCCAGAUACAAAACGCAUAUUCGUGGAUAUUGGACUAGGAUUUCAUGUGGAGUUCACAUGGUCAGAAGCUAUAAAUUUCAUAUCUCAAAGGGAGGAGAAACUAUCCAGGCAAAUUGAAGAGUAUACUCGUCUUAUUGCAUCAAUCAAGGCCCAGAUCAAGCUGGUUUGCGAAGGGAUUCGGGAGUUGCUCCAACUUCCAGCAGAGAAACCUUUACCAGAGUGAAUUUUUUAAGGUUAAUGCUACUUCUGCAUGACAUAAAGCGAAGAAGAAUAUGAUAUUGUCCGUUUUACACAUAAAUCUUGUCUGUUUCUUCAAUCUCAAUCCAAAAUAUGACAAAGUAGAUUAUUGUGGUUAAGAGUUUGCAUUCGAGUCUGAGAGCAAGUUUUUAGUUUCCAAGCUCCAAUUGCUUGUAAGACUCAGUAGAAAACCAAACCAGCAUAUUGAAAGUUAUAGAGUUUCUUAAUCCAUGGUAAUCAAUUGCCAAAACAGAAACAACAAAAACAGAAAUAAGAACAACCAUGGUAGCUACCAUAACAGGAGUAAGGUAAA